UGUGACGCGCCGCCGGAGGCAGGCCGGGCCCUCAAGAUGGCGGCGUGCGCCCGGAGCGGCUCGGCCCGGCAGUAGUGGCGGGACAGCACUCGCCGCUGGGGCCUCCCGCCCCCUGAGUGGCUGCUGCAGCGCCGGGAGUCGAGGAUGGUAAAAUGACCCAGGGGAAGAAAAAGAAACGGGCCGCGAACCGCAGUAUCAUGCUGGCCAAGAAGAUCAUCAUUAAGGACGGAGGCACGGUUUCAGCAACGUUCGCUGCCAGCUUAGUCACCAGUCCUGCAAUUGGAGCUUACCUUGGACGAGUGUAUGGGGACAGCUUAGUGGUGGUCCUUGCUACAGCAAUAGCUCUGCUAGACAUCUGUUUUAUCCUGGUGGCUGUGCCAGAGUCGUUGCCUGAGAAGAUGCGGCCAGCAUCUUGGGGAGCUCCAAUUUCCUGGGAACAGGCUGACCCCUUUGCAUCUUUAAAAAAGGUGGGCCAGGAUUCCAUAGUGCUGCUGAUCUGUAUCACCGUGUUCCUCUCCUACCUACCGGAGGCAGGCCAGUAUUCCAGCUUCUUCCUAUACCUCAGACAGAUAAUGAAAUUUUCCCCAGAAAGUGUUGCAGCCUUUAUAGCAGUCCUCGGCAUUCUGUCCAUUAUUGCACAGACUAUAGUCUUGAGUUUACUCAUGAGGUCAAUUGGAAAUAAAAACACCAUCUUAUUGGGUCUGGGAUUUCAAAUAUUGCAGCUGGCAUGGUAUGGAUUUGGUUCAGAACCUUGGAUGAUGUGGGCUGCUGGGGCAGUCGCAGCCAUGUCUAGCAUUACCUUUCCAGCUGUUAGUGCCCUUGUUUCACGAACUGCUGAUGCUGAUCAACAGGGUGUUGUUCAAGGAAUGAUAACAGGAAUCCGAGGAUUGUGCAAUGGUCUGGGACCAGCCCUUUAUGGAUUCAUUUUCUACAUAUUCCAUGUGGAACUUAAAGAACUGCCAAUCACAGGAUCAGACCUGGGGACGAACACAAGCCCUCAGCACCACUUUGAACAGAAUUCCAUCAUCCCCGGUCCCCCCUUCCUCUUUGGAGCCUGUUCGGUACUGCUGGCUCUGCUCGUUGCCUUGUUUAUUCCGGAACAUACUAAUUUAAGUUUAAGGUCCAGCAGUUGGAGAAAACACUGUGGUGGUCACAGCCAUCCUCACAGUACACAAGCGCCAGGAGAGGCCAAAGAACCUUUACUCCAGGACACAAACGUGUGAUGACUGAAAUCAGGAAGACUUUUCUAUCGGCACCAAGGUCUUAGCUUUCACCUAUAGUUCUGGAUGUACAUUCCAUUUCCAUCUACAAUGUACUUUUAAGAUUGUCUUAAGAAAUAUCUGCAUGAACUCCGUGGGAACUAAAGAAAGAACCGGACAGUUUUCCAAAGAUGUUACAAUUUCUUUCUAAAAGAAACCUUUUGUUUAUUAGUACCAAUCUCUUGCCACUAAACUGUUUUAUUAUACAUCUUUAAUUAAAAGCUAUAUAUGUAACUCCGCUGUUAGCACGUCUCUGCUACCAUUUCCUUAAGGUGUUGAGCUUUUACCGUGCUGACUCAGUGACACAGUAGGUAGUAUGAUUGCGGACCUGUUCGCUUUAACAUUGUAAAAGCCUGAGUCAGAUUGUAAUAUUGUAAAAUCUUGGGUCAAAUAAUUCAAAGCCUUAAUGCAGAUGCACUAGGAUAAAGAAAUGGUAAAGAAUUAUUUGCAUUUUAAACAACAAAACUUGUGAAAAUUGUAGAAAAACAGAAUCAUGUUCCAAGCCUGUUUGCCAUAAUUUUAUUUAAAACAUUAUUCACUACUGUUUUUGAAGUAAGAAAAUAUCAGCCACUUAGAAUUGAAAUUGGGAUGGUCAGAGAGCCUAUACAUCUAUGUUCUGCUUCUUAUACCACUAUUCUUUUGAUGUUUGCAUAAUCAUAAGGACCUCAACACUUGAAUACAUAAUCUAAAAAUUAUAUAGUAAAGCUGGUAGCCUUGAAAAUGUCAAUGUGAUAUCUAUAUGUAGAUAAAUAUAUAUAGUGGCCUUUCAGGACUGUCACAGUAACACUUUAUUUACAGAGCUAAUGUUUGUCCUAAAUUUUCAGGACCCUAGAAGAGAGCUUUAUACAAUUACUGAUGUGAAUUUCUCUAAAGUGUAUAUUUUUGUGUCCAGUUAUAUUAUUUAAAAAAGUGUUACUUUGUAAAAAUUGUACAUAAAGUAUUGUAUAGUUUACACUGUUUUCAUCUUGUGUGUGGUUACUGCCUAAUGCUUUUUAAACUUGGAGCAUUCACUAUGAUUAAGGUCUCAAUAUGUAAAUAUUCUGUUAAUAAAAUUAAAUAUUUUAAUGA